UUAAGCAUACGUUGGGUAUGCGUUGGGUGCGCCUGCAGAACUAUUUAUGAAACAAAGUUAUUAGUGAGAAAUAUGUUUUAUUAAGUGUUAUCAAAAAGUGUUGUGCAAAGAGAACAAAGACAAACUAAUUAUUGUUUUACGAUUAUAUAAUAAUAAGUGCAUUUCGAUUUUAGUAGGACAUUACACAGUCAUCAUGUUUUGGCUAGUGAUGUUGUUGUCAGCGGCCACGAGCUGUGUGCAUGCACAGUUGACUGCACAAACAAGUGUAGCUCCCGAUCUUAGAGAAUGCUAUACAGAUGUAAAUUUAAUAAACAGAAAUAACCUACCACCAACAUCUAUGUCUGUGUUAAUAGAUAUAAUCAGUAAAAUUGAGGACAACCCCAAUGUUAACAUGGAUUUGAGACAAUUGGUUGUGGUAUUACUUCAAACAUACAGACAAGAUGGUAUUGAAUUCCAUCAACCAGGAGCCAACAUUGUCUCAUCGUCCGUGUUGCCAUUCUCACCUACAUUCCAUUCGUUUUAUCGUAACAAGUUGCUUCUAACAAAAAUUAUUCCAGGCAAUUUGCAAGUUUUGUCUAAUAAUACCAUAAAUUCUGCUUUAAAGUGUGCUCUUCAUAAUAUGAUAUCAACAACAAUUGAUGCUCGCAUUCGUGGCAAUGAAAAUACUUGUAAUACACUAGCGCAGUAUCGCGCCUUAAGGACUAUUCGCGAUAAUUCACAUCAUGCAAUGAAAGACGAUGUUGAAAUUUUGGAUCUGUCUUCAUUAAAUUCCGCAGGUAAAAACGGCCAAAUGAGACAAUUUAAUCCAAAAGAUGAUAUCGAAUAUACCGAUCUAAAUGGCAUAAAAUCUGAGCGCCAGUUACUUGGAGAGAGUCAAUGCCCAAUUCUCGGUGGCGUAGUUUCAACGCCAUCGGGUGCUGUUUCUGCUGGUAACGUCUUGGCGGGUAUAGCCGCUGGAGCACAAUUCCAGACGAUACCAAUUUUGGAACUGGCUAAGGGCUCCAUAAUCAACGAUCCGAAUAUUCAACAAUUUGUUACUUCCACUUAUCCGGCUACAUUAUCAGGAGAUUUAGCUGAAGCUGUUCUUAUUCAAAAUAUAGAAAGAGGCAGUACAUCAAUAUCUAUUGGCGCAGCGGGUAAUUGGAACUCGACGCAAGCUCAAAGAUAUUUUAUGCUUAGCAGCCGGAAUAAUAUUGAAAUGUCAGAUCCUGAAAUACGUGGUGGUAUAGAUGGAUUCAUAUUAGGCAGCCUUGUGAAUUCUGCAUUACAAGGAUCAUCAUUAAAAUUGUCACAACUUCUUGAUAUGUAUUACUCAGCAAGGAAUGGAGUAUUCGAUCCAACUCGUAGAGCUUGUAAUAGAAGGAAUCUAAGUCAGCAACUCAUACAAAAUACUAAUUUAAUUGCCGAAACCUACGCGUUUGCUGCUGCUCUAGAUACAAAUAUACCAUUGCGUGGAACUAUUAUCGGAAGGUUGGAAGAACCAGUUAAUAGUGCUGUUACCAACUUCCAAAGUUACGUAAGCAACAAUCUAAAUGAUUUAAGCUGCUUCUCUACUGAUAUAAGUUCAAAUAACUACAGACUCAAAACAAAUCUUUACUUGGUGGUCGAUUCAGCUUGGCAGUACCAGACCAUAUAUCCGGCUAUCUCGUUCCUUCUAGACAAUAUAGAAGUUGGGAAGUUUGGAUCAAGUGUAACUUUACUAAGUGCUUUUGACGGAAAUGUAAUAAUAAAUAAAACCUUUUCACUGGCUGAUUUUCACACAGAAUAUACAUUGGCGAGACAUCAAUCAAUACUGACUGGUGUGAAUCUUGAAACAGCAUUAACAAAUAUUCGAAUUAUGAUGCAAAGUGAACUAGAAAAUGAAAGGACAAAUAACUACGUAGGCGGGAACUCUACAGUGAUUCUCUUUUUACUCAGCUCCAGUGUUCAAAAUACUCAAUUAACUUGGGAACAAGCAAGAAUAUUAAAUGAAACUGUACCAGAUUUAAGAAUGCUGUUUGCUACUGCUACGAACCAGUACGAUAGUCUCUGGACUUUAGUACGCGAUGUACAUAAUGACAUUCGGACAAUAUCGUUGAAUUCUGAUGGCAAUAAUGCGGCAACAGCUAUGAAUCUUGUACUUGGAAGUAUCGAACAAGUUGGACGAAGAAUAGUAAACCCCCUGUGUGGAUCGACUUAUCCUUCUGAGUCAACAUCGGGCACGAGACAAUUCGAUGAUUAUGUAGAGCCUGGCUCCAUAAAUUAUUAUUCCAUUAGUCCUAAUUAUUUUCAUGGAGCAAACGAUAACAGGAGACUUCGUAUUGUAAGGACUAAUGCAGGAAUGGGCAGUCUUGUAGUUUGUUACUCUCGUUUCGUCACACAACCGAGACAAAACGCAACAUCUAGUGGUCAAGACGGAAAUGAUGUGAUAUGUCAAACGUUGGCAAGUAGCGGAAACGUUGAGAUCGGUCUGCAGAAUCCUUGCGAUGGACAUUGGACAAUUGGAUCAUGCCCAUUCUUCUAUUUAUCUGUAUGGUCACAAGUGCCCGCGACGACAACAACUUUUAAUUCAAUUUGUACAGAUAAUGGUUGCAGAUUCCCAUACAAUAUAAGGUAUCAAGUGCAAAUUAAUGAUUUCGGAUGUUACAGCGGUUGUGGGCGCGUUGGAUUAAGCGUUGUCCUUUUAAUUUUCACUUAUCUUCUUAAUUAUGUUUAAGCAUAAAAACUUCUAUUUCUACUUCGAUUUGUUCUACGUAACAUUCCUACCGAAUUAUUAUAUUUUUAAUUUGUUUUAUGUUAUAAAAUUGUAAUUAUAUAAUAUGUGAUAAAAAAUGUCAUUGAUUAAUGAAAAUCAGUAAGCUCUUAAUAAUUUUGUGCGAUAAAAAAUAACACAGUUACAAAAAUUUGUAAUUAGGUAUUUAUAAUAAAGCAAUUUUACUUAUUCGACUUACAUUAACACAUAAAAUUAUCUUAUUUUUUUCUGUAUCAAGAUAUUUGAAUAUUUACUUUUUCCACAAUUUCUAUUGAAAUAAACGUUGUCUUAUUUUAGGCUUAAUUAAGUUAGGUACCUACUUAUUAAUAAUUGCAUAUUUUUAUAAAGUAAGUAAAUUACUUAUUUACCUUUGAGUUUCAUAUUAUUACAGUUUACACAUAAUUUAUAAGAAAAGUAUCUGUGGAGUGUGGUGUCUUUUAAUUUUAUAUUAUUAAAAUAAAUAUACAAAAAAACAUAUAAAGCAAGAGUGGAACUUAUGACUACAGCUAUUAAAUAUUAAUGUUAUGUAUAAACAUAAUUACAAACAACCCACCGUUUUAAUUACAGUGUUUUAAAACUUUUGAAAAAUACUAAUAUGUUUAAUUAUUAUUGAUGCAUAUUAUUUCUAGUCUGUUACUGAUCAAAAGUAAUUGUUAUAGUUACCAAACUAUUUUUAUUAGAAGAUUUAAAGGUUUAUUACAAGUUUUUAUUACAUUUUUUACUGGUAAACCAUUAACCAUUUGGGCUCAUUUUAUUUAUUUUAAGAGGAACAUUUUUUAAUAAUUUUAGUAUAACAAUAACUUUUGUUCAUUUUCUAUAAUUCAAAUAAAAAUAUAAUCUGGACUACUAACAAA